AUGGCACAAGUUAUCUGGAACCCUGACAUUGAUGUAUAUAAUUCAAGUGUUAUGCCACUAUCUGUGGCAAAGAAUAUAGCCAAAUAUUUACCAAUAGGAGAUAUACUAAACUUUGGAGCAGUUUCAAAGAACGCAAAUUUGGCAAUUGAAGAUUCAACCCUAUGGUUAACCAUGGCCAAAAGUGUGGGGGUAUGGUCCAAUAACCCUGAAAAAAAUAUCCCGUAUAACGAUACUCGUCCAUUCACCGGAUUGGAUUGUAUGGAUGGUUCAAUACUGGACCCUAAGGUAGCAAGGAGUCGAAUUUUAGCUAUUUACAGAUGCUUGGAUAAAUAUUACACCGAUUUAUUGUCCAAUAAGUCAUACGACAAACUCAAAAUAUUCCAAGAUUAUCAUACCCCUGAAGAGCAGUGUAAGAUAUUGAAUAACCUCAUGAAAUACAGUAACCUCGACAAGAUUGAGGAAUCCAAAUACCUAGCUCAAGAGAAGCUAAAUUCUUUAUUCGAAAUCUUCGAGAAUGCUAUAUUGAGGGAACUUGAGAUACACUUCGAUUUGGAGGAUUACAAAACCAUGAAUAGAUUUGUGAAGGUGUUCCUAGAAUUGAACAAUCAUCAGACUUUGAUCGAUUUUUUCAUUCAAAAGAGUGUUCUCGAUAAUUCUGAUACCAUGUUCGAUCUCAUUGAGUCUAUAGAUGUGGAUAAGUUCUUCAUAGAAGAGGCCCAAGAGGACGGGAAUAUGUCUUUUAAAUUGGCUUUUGGAGAAUUCGACGGGUUGAUGAAAGAACUCGUGGUCAUUUUCGAACACGAAUCAAGAAUCAUAGACAUGGUAUUUCCUCAAACGAUUCCGAUGAUGUACAAAGUCAGCGAAGAAUUGAUACUUAACCAAUUGGGAGACCGGUUCAACUCAUUGGUGGAAUCUUCUAAACCUAAAAGCCUUUACUUGGCCAUAGUUCCAUAUUUGUAUAAGCAACUACAGACAAAUUUCGUAGAUUGCCUUGGGACAAGCAAAAAUUUGGGGGAGGGCUAUCAUAAUCUUAUACAGGAACUCAUAGAUAUGCAGUUCGAACAAACGGUAACGGACUAUAUCCGUGAGGAAUUGGUAUUGUUCAAGGGCGAUGCCUACCAGAGGAUAAGUGAAUGGAAAAAAUCAAUUGAAAAGAGAGAGGAAGAAACUUCACAAAGUAUCUUGAGGAAUGUUAGAUCCGAAACAAAGAAUGACUUUUUGAGUAGUUUCAAGAAAGCCUUCACCGUAUCCUCGUCAACAAACUCCGAAAUCAGAGAGGAUUCGAAUGACACCUACUCAGAGAUUCAAGCAAAAGAGAAGAUACUUACGGAGAAUAUGAAAUCAAUCAACAAGACCUUCAGUCUCAAACUUUCCAUGGAAAUCUUAAACGAAGGAAAGUUAUCAUUAGCAAGAAUUCUACACUUUGAACAAUUCAGUAUUGCAAGUUUGAGAAACUCAGUAUUAACGUCUGUGCAAGAGAUUUUCAUCUCUUUGUUGGAACUGAUAGGUAAUGAACAUUUAAGACCUGGAUUUGACAAAGCGCUAUUAUAUUUGAGAACGUACAAACCUAAUGAAGACCACGAAAGUGCUGCAGUGGAACCUAUCAAGCCAUUAGUACUAUUUUCUGAUCUUGUAAAUAUUGCUGACUUGAUCAUUCAAAUGGUAGAGAUUUUCUAUAAAGAGGAAAUUAUCAAUAGACAUCUCAUUAAGCAUGAAAAUUCCAUCCUUAACCCCGCUCUUCAAAGGAAGAAGAAAUUCGAGGAGAUGGUAGAUAAUUAUGUUGCAGAUGGUCUAAAUAUAGGUCUAGACGUAUUGAUCAGUGAAAUAGAAUUGACUUACUCAUCAGUUAUAGAGAGUAAAGACUAUUUACCCGACCCAAUCGCUGCAAACAGUGUUGAAGGGCCCACCUCUGCUGCACAAAGAGUAAUCCAAAUAUUGAAUGGUAAUUUCGACUUGUUGGUAGGGUGUGCUGAUAAGUCUGUCAUAGACGUAUUCCAGCAAGAAUUGGCUGAAAGGUUCUUCCAAGUGAUCGUCAAAAUUAUCAAACGAACGACGAUUUCUAAUAUGGGUGCUGUCACUUUAAUUUCGGAUUUGAAUCUUUAUUACGAUUGCAUAUUCACCCAUAUAAAAACUAAUAAAAGGCUAAUUCUUCCUUUGUUUCAAUCUUUGAAAAAAGUUGGUAGUAUAUAUCUCAUCAGUGGUGACGAUUCGAAGUCUAUCGGAAAACUUGUUAGCGAUUUGAGUAAAUUUAACGGUAUAUUCAAUCAGGAAGAGAUUUAUGAAUUUGUCCAAAGGAGAGAAGAUUGGAACACCGUUAAAAGUGAGGUUGAGAAGAUCAUGUAUGGACUAAGUCUUGGUGACUGUACAAUUGUCUGA